UUCAGAUAAAAGGCAGUUGAUAAUUUUGUUGUUUAUUUUAAUGGUUCGGAUAUGCAAGUCACUUAAUAAGUUUUCUGUUUCCCGUAGGUAGAAGUUUUGAGCAGAGACUAUUACAUAGUGAAACAAUGGAUUCAGAUGAAGAGCCUGUCGCGGGCGGAGAAGUCCAAGAAGAACCACCUCACGUCGGCUCUCCAGAGAAAGUUACACUUGUAUCAGGCGGAACCUUCGAUGGCACAACUAUCAUUGGAGAUAUGAAUAUACCUAAAGUUGUGAACAAGACGACGAUCGUUCAACAAGCAGCUCCGGAUAAUUCUGCUCUACCGAAAGGAACCUUUGGAAUUCGUUCGGACAUCACAUUCGAUGAAAACAAUCCAAUCAGUGUUGCUUCAUCAAUAUAUCCCGGGGUGAUUCAUAGCAACGUUACCGGUGACAUCAAGAUCGCAUGUAAGAUCUUACCAAGCGAGGAAAAAUACAAGCGAGAAGCCCAAAAGUACUUCUCAGUACCUUACCACCAAAAUAUCAUUCGAAGAUACUCAACCGAUACCUUCAAUCAUAAUGGAUUCGAGAAAAUUUUCAUAGCAAUGGAGCUUUGUGACAUCAAUAUGCAAGAUUUUAUUAAGUCACAAGUGAGAAAUAAUGUACCGUUUGAAUCUGGCAAGUACAUUUCAUACGGGCAGCAGGUCGCCACGGGACUUGAGUUUUUGCAUUCACACAAUAUCAUUGUCCGCGAUCUUAAACCUUCGAACCUUCUCCUGACUGAAAGAUUCACUGCUAUUAAAAUAACUGAUUUUGGAUUGAGUAAAUCUAUCCGACCUGCACAUGACCUUGCCAAUGUCCCGCCUUCUCACGUUAGUGCAGAUGGUUGGAGGGCGCCAGAGGACCUGUUGGGUGAAUCCCCACCGUCAAAGGCUUCUGACGUUUUCUCUCUCGCCCUGAUUUUAUACUUUUUCUGGUCACAUGGCAAACAUCCAUACGGUGACAAGUCCAUUUCUUGGAAUCAUUACAUCUCACGAAACAAAAAUCGCGAUUUGACUCGACUAAAAAUCCAAAAUGCGGAUUCAGCUAAACAACUCUUGGAAUCGAUGCUGCAAGUGGAUCCAACAAGACGACCCACCGCUUCAGAAGUGUUGCAGUCUCAGGUGUUUAGCCCGAGGCAAGAAAUCUUGUCUCAACCUCUUGUGUCCGAUUCAGACUUACAAAACGUCAUCAGUGAAGUCAUCACACAAAUUCAGCAGUCUGGUAUUGACUCGAAUAGGACGUCAUAUCAAGGCAAUUUAUGUUUCACUCCUCAGCAACUUCGCUCAGCGAUACAGAGUGCAAUGGAUGAAAAGAACUUGGUUUUUACAUGUGAAUCAGUUGCUUCAUGGGAACUUAACGGCACAACAGCGUCGGAAAGAGUCGUUCUUGAAGAGGAGACAGUGCCGAAGAACCAUUCGCCCGCAGAAACUUCGCGGAUCAGACAACCAUCUCGCAGGACUCAGCCAUCACGUCGCAGUAGAACUGAAAGUCUAGGAGAUAUCUCCCGUCCUCUCUGUAGCAAUGGAUUUAAAAUCAUUUUGGUUGGAAAUCUUGGGAACAAAGACCUCGAAGAUCCUUGUUGGAAACUUGUGUCUGAAAUAUACAACGUGGAUGACAGUAGACGACAAGAAUAUCAGGACAAAGGAAAGGUUAUAGUUAACACUGCAAAACCAAAUGACGUCGAAGAAUUACAGAAACAUUUUCUUACAAUGGGUUAUUGCGAAGAAGGAAUCAAAUGUGUUGUUUUUGCCCACACCGGAGGAUCGCAUAUUGUAGCUUCCGCAUUGCAAGAAAAUAGUUUAACAAAGUUUUUCCGGGGUCAUGACCGUGCGGAAGUAAUUCCAGAUAAAAUAAAGAAAAUACGGAAUAACUUGGUGGUUUUCACGUUUCGUGCUAAGAGGAAGAUCAUCAAUGAUAAUGCUGCAAAGAUCGCAAUCAACAUUUACCUAACCACCGAUAAAACGAGAGAAUUUGGAAAAACGAAUGUAGAAGAAAGAGAAGGAGAGAAUGUGAGGACAGUCUCGUUUUGUCAUGAUAACAAAACUGCAGCAUCACUUUGUGACUUCACAAACAACAAAGAAGUCUUGAAAUAUAUAAAAAAGACUUUGAGACGAGACGAUGUUGUUCACCAUUGCUCGCAGUAUGGCAAUUUAUGAUCGCGCAGGACGAGGUCAUUCAUAAUGCACGCAAAUUGUCGAUUUGUCAUGAACUCACUACCUAAGCAAGGUAAAAUUGAAGAGUUGGGAUUUUGGUGGAACUAUGCACGCAAUUUAGCGGCGAGAGAGUUCUAAUUGCAUGCAAGUUGUCGCUUUGCCAUGAACUUGCUACCCUACCUUAGUAAAGGUAAAAUUAAAAAUUCGUUAUUUCGGUUAACCUGCGCAUAUUACUUAGCGGUGAGGGAGUUCUUAUUGAAGUUUAAUGUAUUAAUUUUCUUUAUUCAUGCAUUACUGGGCGCUCCGCAAGUAUUCGUACCAAGAUGACGCACAACCUGAACAACCAUUACCUGGUACACAUACUAUGUUCAGUUUGUGCGACAUCUUGGUACGAAUACUUCCGGAGCGCCCCUUAUUGUAUUCAAUAUUGUCUAUCCAUACCGCUUAAUAGUAGAUAAAAGAACUAUUGCUAUUGCUAACGUUUUGGUCGGCAAUUUCCCUUGUUAUAUAGUGAUUCUGUUCAAUCUUUUGUAUAAUAUUAAAACUAUUAUUAAAAUUAUAAUAUAUAAAAAUGAUAUCUUUUUAUGAAACGCUACCCUGUUUAAUUACUGAAAAUUUGAAAAUAUUGGUCCAUCAGUUGAAGCAGUUUUGACCCAGUGACAUCGACAAGAGCAACAAUUUACUGAAAUCAUUCGCAGUUUCAUUUCGUGCUCACUAACAUUCGAAUACUGGAAAUAUUUUACUUGUCAUUCUUUCAAAAAGAUAAGUUUUUAUCUGAGUUUUUUGUGCAAAAACCGUAUAAGGAUAACUAAACCGUAUAAGGAUAACUAAAAAAACAGAGUCCAUGUUAUUCAGGACAUAUUUUACAGAGAACAUAACUUUCAUACAAAGCGUCUUAGAUUACUGAAACUAUUAGGUUCAAUCAUAUACUCAAACUGGUAAACAGGCGAAAGACUGUGGUACGCCAUAUGAUUAAUCCUUCUCCCCAACUUUCCUCUCGCCCGGAUAAAUGUACAAAAUUCCGUCCUAUCCGGCAACAGAAGUUCAAGUGUUUAAUAAAUAUUCUUUAUUUUCGUAACUUAUGGAUUCUGUUUUUUAGGGUGACUCUGAACCUUAUAUAUCUUUCAUUGUGGGGUACUCCCGUAGUAUGUGUACUAGGGUUAAGACAUGAUUUUAUUUCGAUUUUCCUUAUUUUAGUUCUAUUACAAGUUCGGGUACUGUCUUUGGUAGCCAAGUGAAUAUACCCCUUGUCCAUAGGUUUCAGUCCCUUUACACAACUUGAUGUAAAGUAGGCAAACAAAAUUAGUUACCUUCAUAUUGGUAAUCAUACUUCUGGGGCGGCCAUUGAAGAUAUUUUUGCAGUUUGCUAUUGUAAAAGCAUUACUCUUGUAUUCUGUGCUUAUAGCUUCGCUUUACACCUGCAUGAAUUGAGGAUUUUACAUUUUUAUUAUGAUUUUAUUUUCUUGUCAAUCAAUAAAACAAAAAUAGAAAUCACAAAA